CCCGCACCGCCGCGGAGUGCGGCGCCCCGGCGGGAUGGAGCUGCUGGCCGGGUGCUACGAGCAGGUCCUUUUCGGCUUCUCUGUGCGCGCGGAGCCGGCGGCGGACGGCGGCCCUGCGCAGAAGUGGACGGCGGCGGCUGACUUCACUCACCACGCCCAUACUGCCUCCCUGUCGGCGGUGGCUGUCAACAGUCGUUUCGUCGUCACCGGAAGCAAAGAUGAGACGAUUCACAUUUAUGACAUGCGGAAGAAGGUGGACCAUGGGGCGCUUGUGCAUCACAAUGGCACAAUAACUUGCCUGAAGUUCCACGGCAACAGGCACCUGAUCAGCGGGGCGGAAGACGGGCUCAUCUGCGUGUGGGACGCCAAGAAGUGGGAGUGCCUGAAGUCCAUCCGCGCGCACAGGGGCCACGUGACCCACCUUUCUGUUCACCCGUCUGGCAAGUUGGCGCUGUCCGUGGGUACAGAUAAGACACUGAGGACUUGGAAUCUUGUGGAGGGAAGAUCGGCCUUCAUAAAAAACAUAAGGCAAAAUGCUCACAUUGUGGAGUGGUCCCCCAGAGGGGAGAAGUACGUGGUGGUCACACUGAACCAGAUAGACGUCUACCAGCUGGGCACGGCGUCCAUCAGUGGCACCAUCACGAGUAAGCGGAGGGUGUCCGCCGUCUGCUUUCUCUCCGAGUCUGUCCUCGCGGUGGCCGGCGACGAGGAGGUGGUUAGGCUUUUUGACUGCGAUUCGCACACGUGCCUCUGUGAGUUUAAGGCCCACGAAAACAGGGUGAAAGACAUGUGCAGUUUUGAGACUCCAGAGCACCGAGUUAUUGUCACAGCCUCCAGCGACGGCUUCAUCAAAAUGUGGACGCUUAAUCAGGACGAGAAAGUCCCCCCGGUGUUACUGUGUGAAGUGAGCACCAGCGCCAGGCUGACGUGUCUCGGGGUGUGGCUGGAGAGCUCUGAUGGCCCCAGGGAGGCCCUUCCUCCUGAGGCCGAGCUUCCCCCUGUAAAUAAGGAAAAACAAUCCGGAAUCAGCAAAAAGGUGGCUGGGAAUGCAGUGCAGGAAGAAGAAAGGCCGCCGGAGCCGGAGAGGCGGAGACCUGCCCCCCGAGGGGCCCGGGCUGAGGCCUCUCGCAGGGACAGCCUGGCGCCGGCUGGGAAGAGGAAGGCGGCGGGUUUACAGAAGAAGAAGAAGAAGAAGAAGAAGGUGGUGGUGUGAUCGUGCGGCGGCUCCCGGGCUCCUCCUGAGCGCCGGAAGCGUGUUUGCAGAUGGCUUCAGGUUUUUCUUUCGGAGUAGAAGCUCGGAAUUGCUUCUUCUGGAGACGAGGUGCCACUUAGAAAAAAUGGCGAAAUCACUUUUAGGUGGUUUUUUUUUUUUUAAAAAAGUGGUAAAAGUUUUCAGUAGGCGGCGUUUUUUGAAUUACGGCAUAUGGUGAUGUGUGGAAUGUUAAUGUAUAAUACAAAGUUUAUUGUGCAAAGCGAAUAAAGGCUUUUCUUAAAAUGCUGCUGUUUAAAACAAUAUAAAAUCUCGAGCACAUUGUUGACCAGAUGUGGGGGGAGCUGUUUUUGUAAUUUUUCUCCUAAAUGGCAGAAAAAAGGGCAUCACUUUGCCUUUGGGUGAUUCUAAUAAUAUUACUAGUUGCUAAUAAUUUCAGUGCAG